AUCUCCACCUGCAAAAUAUAAUGACUGUUGGUUGAACGUUGCUCGUAUACACCCAUCUUUCCCGGUCAGUGAGCUGGCAGGCGAUCUGUACUCUCCAUGCUCCGUCGAGCUGUCUUCUCUCGCAGAACGCUAGCCGUCGUCGCUGGCGCGGGACUCGUUGGCGCCGGCGGUGGCUACUAUUUCCUCAACUCCGGACCUGCUUAUCCUCCACCAACAAAAGAGACAAGAAGACCGCCUCCGCCAUGGACUCCACCUUCCAGAGCGCAGAUGCUCGAUGCUCUCAAGGCUUCGAGUCGGCUAUUAGGCUCAGAGCAUCCGGAAGAGUUCGAUCUCCUGAUCGUAGGCGGAGGUGCUACUGGAGCCGGUGUUGCAGUCGAUGCUGCCAGUAGAGGCUUGAGAGUUGCCCUUGUCGAACAGGACGAUUUCAGCUCUGGGACGUCCUCUAAAUCUACUAAGCUGGUUCAUGGCGGCGUGAGGUAUCUGCAGAAAGCCGUCAUGGAACUUGACUAUGAACAGUACAAACUUGUUCGGGAAGCAUUACAUGAACGACGGAUAUUCUUGCAAACGGCUCCUUAUCUCUCGGCGAUGCUACCAAUCAUGUUGCCCAUAUACAAGUAUUGGCAGGUACCAUACUACUGGGUCGGUUGCAAGAUGUACGACAUUUUAGCUGGGAAGGAGAAUAUGGAAUCGUCGUACCUGAUGAGUAAAGGAAAGGCAUUAGAGGCUUUUCCCAUACUUAAGGCGGAUGGUCUGGUUGGCGCACUCGUUUAUUACGAUGGACAACAUAACGACUCUCGGAUGAACAUUGCGUUGAUUAUGACCGCGGUUCAACAAGGCGCAGUUGUUGCGAACCAUGUUGAGGUUACGGAACUUCACAAGAGCUUACUUUCGGAUCCUCAUCCUGGUAAACUAUACGGCGCUCGUGUGAAGGAUAACCUCACUGGCGAGCAGUUCGAUAUUCGAGCAAAGGGUAUCAUCAACGCAACUGGUCCUUUCGCCGAUGCACUGCUGACUAUGGACAACCCCUCGCAUACACCCAUUGUUCAACCGUCUUCUGGUAUUCAUAUCACACUUCCGAAUUACUACUCCCCUCGCACAAUGGGUCUUCUCGAUCCUGCAACCUCGGAUGGUCGUGUCAUAUUCUUCCUCCCUUGGCAAGGCAAUACCAUCGCAGGCACCACCGACACCCCAGCCUUUGUAGAGAAGGACCCAAAGGCACCUGAAGAAGAGAUUCGAUGGGUGUUAGAAGAGGUCCGACGGUAUCUCAGUCCUGACAUCAAAGUUCGACGAGGCGACGUGCUCAGUGCAUGGAGUGGUUUGAGACCUUUGGUUAGGAACCCAAAUGCCGCGAGUACAGAAGGAUUAGUUAGGAAUCAUAUGAUCCAUGUAUCGGAUAGUGGAUUAUUGACAAUUGCGGGGGGAAAGUGGACGACAUAUAGGGCUAUGGCGGAGGAGACUGUGGAUAAGGCUGUUCAGGUGUUUGGGUUAGAGCCUAAGAGUGGGUGUGUGACACAGAGUUUGAGGUUGGUGGGGAGUCAUGGGUGGAGUCGGAAUAUGUUCAUUGGUUUGAUUCAACGGUUUGGUUUAGAGACAGAGGUUGCAAAACAUCUUUCGGACAACUAUGGCGAUCGCGCUUGGACGGUUUGUGGAUCUGCUCAACCGACAGGAAAAUCAUGGCCUUUAUAUGGUGUACGACUGAGCCCCGGGUAUCCAUUCAUAGAGGCUGAAGUUCGUUACGCCAUUCAUCAUGAAUAUGCCCAAACGCCGGUAGACGUGAUUGCUCGCCGUUGUCGACUCUCCUUCCUCAAUGCCCAAGCAGCACUUGACGCCCUCCCCCGAGUAGUUGAUAUCAUGGCCGAGGAACUCCAUUGGUCCAAAUCUCGUAAAGCCCAAGAAAUCUCUCGCGCUACUGAAUUCUUGGGUAGCAUGGGACUCCCACCUGGUGCCACACCUCGAGAGACCAUGAGUCCCUCCGAACCCAGGAGCUUUAUUGACUGUGUGGAGGGGUUUUUCGGUUUGCAUGGACAUGCGGAGAGACGGAGGAGGAAGGCAAGUGAGAUGAUUUAUUCGAGGGCGAUGUUCGAAGCUGGGGAAGUAGAGAUGCUUAGAGACGCUUUCAAUGGGAAAGCUAAGCCAAUUCAAUUGGCGAAUAGUGUGGAAGGAGGUGAGAGUGACGGGCAGAAGGUGGUGGAGAGGAAUGAGUUGUUUGAGCUUGUGAAGGGGUUACCCGGGUAUAGCCGUCUCAAAAGAAAGGAUUUCGAUUAUGUUCUUGAAGAGAUGGGAUAUUACAACACGCCGGCGGUGGAUUCCGAUGCGUUUGUUGAGAUCUGUGCGGAACUGAGGGAAGUCAUCUUUGCGGCUGUUACACCCAAGAAGACGAAAUCUGAGAGGCUCAGGAUACCAGUGGAGAAGAGUGGCGGAGGUGUAUGAGGAUCUCGUGUUGUUGUCUUGCUUUCGGAGUUUCGGAUUCAUGGAUUUCGUGUAUAGUUACAGUGUAGCUUAGAGUCUGUGCGUAUGUGUAUAACCGACUGUACCUAGUUUUUUUCUUCUUCUCCCGACAACACUUACUGUGUGCUGGAGCAUAGACUGUUCAAUGAAACCGCCUGUCGAAC